CUUCCAGCCUCUAUAGGUCUUUAUUCUAUGGUUCAGGUCAUAGAUGUUCUGUGGCAGGGCUGUCUGCAACAUCAUCUGCUCCGCUCCCGGAAGCUGUGGUUUUUUGUAAUACGGGGCCCACUACUAUCCUUUUAUCACUAUACUAACCAGCCGUGACCCCUCGUAAGCACCGAGUAUUCAAAAAUUAAUAGUGAUAGUCCGGCCAUAGCACUCCGGCAUGUUUCGGAAAAUCAGUUAAAAGCGUUUAGCGGCCAGCCGACCUGAAUGCCGGACUUCGCAUGCAUAGCUCCGCUAUUUUGUGUGCAGCUUCGUGAACUUGUUCAAGUGUCAAAAUAUGGGUGCCAUUUGGGGCAAGGCACCUGAAACUGGCGCUGCUGAAGGCGAGGCGAGUGGAGCCGACACUUGCGUAUUCUGCGAAAUUGUCGCAGGGAAAGACCCGAAGGCAACACUUCUCUACCAGGAUGAAGAUUAUGGUGUGUUCCCAGACAUUCACCCUGCUUCGGCACACCACUAUUUGGUUGUUCCCAAGAAGCACGUGAAGAAUGUUAAAUCGCUAACAUACAAUGAUAUUCCGCUAGUAAAUCGCCUAGUUGAGAUUGGGAAGCAGGUGCUGGAAGAGCGCGGUGGAAGCAUGGAUUCCUCAAGGAUGGGCUUCCACUGGCCUCCUUUCACGAGCAUCUCCCACCUGCACCUGCAUGUGAUUUCACCUGUGGCAGACAUGUCCACGUUGGCCAGCAUCAUCUUCAUGCCUCGUAUGCCAUGGUUCAGUCUGGUGGAGGACACAGUGGCCUACCUGGAGCGUUCGCGACCACCUGCGACCUGAUCGCUUCUAGAUUUGCUCAAUACAAGCUUUGCUUCGAGGCUUAUUCCUCCAGUGUUGUACGUGCGAGUAAGGCCGCCCGGUUGCAUUCCAUGUCGUGUUCUGGUACGGUGACUGCAUCAUCCACCAGCUGCCGGGAGUGACUCUUGCAAUUAAAGUUAUGCUCAACAAAA